AUGUUCUCUCUCUCACCCUCCAUCUCACUCUCCAUCUCUCUCAUCUUCACUAUCGCUCCUUCAGUCUCUCUCUCUCUCUGCUUCCCUUUCUCUCUUCCGCCUUUCCUCCCUCUCACCGUCCUCCCCUCUUUUUCCUUCCUUCUCUCUCUUCUUCCUUCCCUUUAUCUCUAUCCUUCCCUAUCUCUCUCAUCUUCCCUAUCUCUCCUUCACUCUCUAUUUUCCUUCUCUCCCUCGAUUGUGAAUUAUUUAAAUCGUAACUUAACCUUCUUCUUCUUCUUCUUCUUCUUCUUCUUCUUCUUCAUUAUCUCAUCCUUCUUCUUUUACUUCUUCUCAUUCUUAUUCUUAUUCUUUUCUUCUUCUUUUUUUUCUUUUUCUUCUUCUUCUUCAUCUUCUUUUUUUCUACUUCUGCUUCUUCUUCUUUUUCUUUCCCGUCUUCUUCUUCUUAUUAUUUUUCGUCUGUUUUUCGUCCUCUUCUUCUUCUUCUUCUUCUUCUUCUUCUUCUUCUUUUCUACUUCUGCUUCUUCUUCUUUUUCUUCUCCUUCCAAAUCCCCUCUCUUUUCUCUUUCUUUUUCUUGUUUUCUUACUCUUUCCUUUUUUCUUUCUUUUGUCCCUUUUUGA